GCUAUAGCGGUUGCUUAUGAAGGGGUUCAAUUGACUACGGCUUGUUUCCAGCCCUCACCUCGAUUACCUCGCUUUCAUCCUCGCUUGCUUUCUACACGCAUCGUCCUCCACUUGCUUUGGCACGAACACUUCCUCGAACAGCUACUAAAUCAACAUGGUCUCUACCCCCGUCGCCCUCACCUCUCUAUCCCCCACGCCCGCGUACGUGACGGGCGCGCUCUGCGUGGUCGGCGGACUCAUUGGCUUCGCCCGUCGGCGGUCGGUCAUGUCAUUAGUCGGCGGCGCAGGCGUCGGCGCCCUCUACCUCUACGCGGCUAACCUCCUCGACAGCGGCGCGGCGAACGGUCUCGAGACCGCCUUGGGCGCCUCCGCCCUCCUCCUGCUCUCCUCCCUCCCUCGCGUCGCCAAAGGCCCCGUCCCCCUCGGCCUCACGCUCACAAGUCUCGCGGUCGGCGGGUACUAUGGGCGGGUGUACUUCUAGGGAGUGGAGAAGGAAGCCGAGGAGAUACAUACAGAGAAACAAUCCGGAAGACAGGUGCAGAAGCAACUCGAAGACAGGGGCAAUCCUGGACCAUGGUCAUAGUGUACAAUGCCAUGUACACAUGCGGUGAAUGGACGAUAAGAGUACCGUACGUGAACCACUGCUUAGCAGUUGUGAAUUGCAGUUCGGCAGCUGUGAACCAACGUUCAGCAGCUUGGCACGAAACCUGUCGAAGCUCGGCGGAACCUGUCGAUGGGAAUCGAAUUGGAUCGAUCGUGAAG